AUGGGUGCCGCCACUGUGGGCGCCGCAAUGCUUGCGGCUGGCUGUGCCGCGCGAGUCACACCCAAGGGCAAGGGCCAGCGCAAGGCCGUGAAAGUGGCAGCGGUCAGCACCGACACCGAGGUGGAGACCGACUGCAUCAACUCCAUCCGCUUCCUGGCCGUUGAUGCUGUGAACAAGGCCAACUCGGGCCAUCCCGGAGCACCCAUGGGUCAGGCGCCGAUCGGAUACCUGCUCUUUGCAGAAGAGAUGGCUUACAACCCCAAGGACCCGUCUUGGUGCAACCGCGAUCGCUUCGUCCUGUCUUCCGGCCACGGCUGCAUGCUGCAGUACUCGCUUCUGCACUUGGCUGGCUAUGACAGCGUGGCCAUGGAUGACCUCAAGCAGUUCAGGCAGUGGGGCUCCAAGACUCCCGGCCAUCCGGAAAACUUCGAGACCGACGGCAUCGAGGUCACAACUGGCCCGCUAGGCAUGGGCAUCUCCAACGCCGUUGGCUUGGCGGCCGCUGAGGCGCACUUGGCAGCGGCCUACAACAAGCCGGACUUCACUCUCAUCGACCACUACACCUACACCAUUGCGGGCGACGGCUGCAUGCAGGAAGGCAUCUCCCACGAAGCCUGCGCCUACGCCGGCCACCUCGGGCUGGGCAAGCUCAUUGCUUUCUAUGACGACAACGGCAUCACCAUCGAUGGCCACACGGACCUUUCCUUCACCGAGGACGUCGGCAAGCGAUUCGAGGCCUACGGCUGGCAGGUCAUCACCGUGAGUGACGGCGACAAGGAUGUCGGUGCCAUCCGCAAGGCCAUCGCCGAGGCAAAGGCCUGCACUGACAAGCCCACUCUCAUCAAGGUGAAGACCACCAUCGGCUUCGGCUCGCCCAACAAGGCCGACAGCCACGAUGCGCACGGAGCUCCCCUCGGUGCUGACGAGGCCGAAGCGACCCGCAAGCAGUUGGGCUGGAACUACGGUGAGUUCGAGGUCCCAGAGCAUGUCUACGCGGCCUUCAAGAAGCAGGCGGAUGCUGGCAGCGCCAAGCAGGCUGAGUGGGACAAGCUCUUUGCUGCCUACAAGGAGAAGGAGCCGGAGCUGGCUGCGCAGUUCGAGCGAGCGGUGCUCAACAGGAAGCUCCCGGACAACUGGGACGAGUGCCUCCCCAAGCUGACUGAGGAGGACGCUGGCAAGGCCACCCGAUUGCACUCGCAGGACUGCCUCAACGCCAUCGCCCCAGUCCUGCCGGAAUUCAUGGGCGGCUCUGCCGACUUGGCACCAUCCAACAUGACACUGAUGAAGUGCACUGGCGACUUCUUGAAGGACAGCUACUCCGAGAGGAAUUUCCGCUUCGGCAUCCGAGAGUUCGGCAUGGGAGCUGUGUGCAAUGCCCUGUCUCUGGACAAGACAGGCAUCAUCCCCUACUGCGCCACCUUCACCAUCUUUACGGACUACAUGCGCGGCGCUAUCCGUAUCGCCGCACUGUCCCAGGCAGGCACCAUCUUCGUGACCACCCACGACUCCAUUGCGGUAGGUGAGGAUGGCCCUACCCAUCAGCCCAUUGAGACGCUCCCUUCUUUGCGCUUGAUCCCGGACCUGACCGUCAUGCGACCAGCUGACGGCAACGAGACUGCCGGUGCCUACAAGUAUGCGGUCGAGCGCUCCAAGAACGAGUCCCGACCAACCAUGAUGGCCUUCUCCCGCCAGGCGCUGCCGAACCUUCCGAACUCGUCCAUCGAGAACACCCUGAAAGGUGCCUACGAGGUCGUCGAGUGCUCCGACCCAGAGGUGAUCAUCAUUGGCACCGGCUCUGAGGUGCACAUUUGCGUCGAUGCCGCCAAGGCCAUGGACCAAAAGGUCAGGGUCGUGUCCAUGCCUUCUGUGGAAGUCUUCCGCGCGCAGCCAGACAGCUACAAGGAGUCCUUGCUGCCCAAGGGCGUCCCAACGCUGAGCGUGGAGGCGGCCUGCACUUCCGGCUGGGGCGAGUUCUCCACUGCGCAGGUUGGCAUCAACGUCUUCGGCGCUUCAGCACCGGGUGGCACCUGCCUGGAGAAGUUCGGCUUCUCUGCAGACAACGUGAAGGCAUGUGCAGAGAAGUGCCUUAAGGGCGAGACGGGCGUGCUCUCGGAUGGCACUCAGGGCAAGCACUGA